UAACAAGACCAAUACUUUCGCAGUUUCGCUCACUCUUGCAGCACAGAGACGCUGAUUCACCAUGGCGAAAAACAAUAAGAAGCCGAAGAACGAGUCUGACACUUCGCCCCCCGCGCAAGAUAGCACCAAGAAGAUCAUCACGGACCCUCGCUUCGCGUCCGUGCACUGGGACCCUCGGUUCCAGAAGGCUCCGAAGCGUACUUCGAAGGUCGCGGUCGACUCACGCUUUGACCGCUUGUUCACCGACCCAAGCUUCUCCGCUUCGUCCUCAGCUCCGGUGGACAAGCGAGGAAAGAAGAAGAAGCGAGACUCGGAGAAUCCUCUGCGCCGUUAUUAUCGAAUCGAAGAAGAAAAUGACAAAGAAGAAGAAGAAGAAGAAGAGGAGGAGGAGGAGAGGAAAGCGGUUAGCAGCGAGGAAGACGAUGAGGAAGAUGAAGAAGAGAGAAGAUUGGGGAAACUCGUUGGCGCUGAGUCGGGGACCGAGUCAAGCGGUGAGUCGGAGGCGUCGGAAUCGGAGGCUACGACCGUAACUGAUACGGAUGAAGAUGAAGACGAGGGGGUUUAUGGGGAGAACGACGAGCCUGAAGUGCAGGAGAAUAUACCGGAAAUCGAAAGAGAGACUCACAGGCUUGCUAUUGUUGAUAUGGACUGGGUGCAUGUUAAGGCUGUUGACUUGUAUGUAGUUUUGAGCUCGUUUCUCCCAAAAGAUGGACAAAUUUUGUCGGUGGCUGUUUAUCCAUCUGAGUUUGGACUAGAGCGUAUGAAAGAGGAAGAAAUUCAUGGUCCAGUUGGCCUAUUUGGUGAUGAAAAUGAGAAAAGUGAUGAAGACAACGAAGAUGAGAUAGACUAUGAGAAAUUGCGUGCUUAUGAGAAGAGCAGGCUAAGGUACUACUAUGCUGUUGUGGAGUGUGAUUCAAGUGCCACAGCAGACUACCUUUACAAAGCUUGUGAUGGAAUUGAAUUUGAAAGAUCAUCGAAUAAGCUUGAUCUGAGGUUUAUUCCUGAUUCCAUGGAAUUUAAACACCCACCCCGAGAUAUUGCUACCGAGGCACCUGCAGACUAUAAAGGUUUAGAUUUCCAUACUCGAGCCCUGCAGCACAGUAGAAUUCAUAUUUCUUGGGAUGAGGAUGAGCCAGAUCGUGUAAAGACCUUGAAACGAAAAUUUAAUGCUGAUCAGCUAGCUGAACUAGAGUUAAAGGAGUUUUUGGCUUCUGAUGAGAGUGAAACGGAUGGUGAUGAGAAUGAGAAUGCCAUGGGGGAGGAAUAUGAUAAAAAGCAUAAAAAACGAGAUCUGUACCGUGCUUUAAUCCAAUCUGGUGAUGGUUCAGAUGGCGAUGGUGAGGAGGAUGGCCAGGAUAUGGAGGUCACUUUCAAUACUGGCCUGGAGGAUAUUAGCAAGCGUAUUUUAGAGAAGAAGGAUAAGAAGUCAGAAACAGUGUGGGAGGCCUAUCUUAGAAAACGACACGAGAAAAAGAAAGCUAGGAAAAAUAAGUCUAAGUAUUCGUCAGAGGAUGAGAGUAGUGAUACUGAUCAAGAGGCACCUGAACAACCAGAUGACUUCUUUGUUGAAGAGCCUUCAGUUAAAAGAAGUAAAAAGGAGGCUCGAGGUAAAACUGAUGAAGGGCUGCACCAAGAUAUAGAAAAGGAAGUAGCACAAGUAAGCUCAGCAGAGCUUGAGUUAUUAGUUGCUGAUGAUAAAGGGGCAGAAACUGGUCUUAAAGGAUAUAAUUUGAAACGUAAGAAGGCCAAGGGGAAAAAGGGGAAAGAAGUUCCAGAUGUGGACAUUAUACCAAAUGCUGUUUAUGAUGAUCCACGGUUUUCAGAGCUCUUUACUUCACCCGAAUUUGCUCUGGAUCCCACAGAUCCUCAGUUCAAAAGGGUUGCGUAUUUUUUUCGGAAGCAAGCACCGGGGCAGCAGAGCAGGCAAGAAGUGGAGGAAAGGCACAGUAUUAAGUUAUCUACAGCAUCAAAGUUGCCGUCUGAUGAGCCCGAGUUGAACAAGGAUGAGCAAAUUAAAUCAAAGAAAGAGAAGCAUGAGUUAUCGUCAUUAGUUAAAUCAAUUAAGAUGAAGUCCAAGCAAGUUCAAUUGCACCCUGACCGUAAGAUGUCCAAGAAAGAUGUGAAAUUGCAUUCUGCGGGUAAGGUGGAAAUGGAGCUGCAGCAUGAUCUCUCAACCUUAGUUCAAUCAGUUAAAAGGAAGUCAAAAAAUCUCAAAAAAUGAAAGCAACAUGAAGGGGGAGAAAAAGGCCCUUUACAUUUCCUGAACAUCAUGCAGAAGAAUCAAUAGUAGACUUGGGACAAGUCCUGAACAUUGAAUUCGGACUUGCUGUUUUUUUUUAUUAUUUGCAUGAAUUUUACGUAUUUAUUUCUACCAAAAUUUUGAAGAUAAGUUGUAUUCUAACGAUGAAGAAGGAGAUGAACUUUAUCCA